GGAAGCUUGCCGUGGCCGAAGCAGGUAGCUUCGCUCCCUAUUCUGUGAAUUUUGUGGAAACGUUUAGUGUCGUAGAUCAACUUUAGCAAUUUUUUCGGUCCAUCUGGCUUAUGUGAAGCAAUUGUUGACCUAUAUUGUAGUUUCGAAGAAAAACAAAUACACACACUUUUCGGGUGUGUGAUGUUGUAAGUUCGUGUUUGAAGCUGCGCAAACAUUGUGGUGUGAUAGUGUGUUAAUAAAAGAAACGCCUAACGUGGAGGUGUAUAUAGAGCGCAGUCAGGAUAAUUUGAAGGCGUCCGUGCACCCUCCGAGAUGUAUCCGAACUCAGGCAUAAACGCGGCGGCGGUCGCGGCCCGCCAUCCGGGUCCACCGCAGUCUGCACAGCCAUUCAAAUUCACUAUAACUGAAAACUGUGAUAGGAUAAAAGAAGAAUUUAAUUUUCUACAGGCACAGUAUCAUAAUCUCAAAAUGGAGUGUGAAAAACUAGCUCAAGACAAAACGGAAAUGCAGCGACAUUAUGUAAUGUACUACGAAAUGUCAUACGGCCUUAACGUUGAGAUGCAUAAACAGACAGAAAUAUCAAAAAGAUUAAAUGCAAUUAUCACGCAGAUAGUACCGUUUCUGUCCCAAGAGCAUCAACAGCAAGUACUAACAGCAGUUGAACGAGCUAAACAAAUUACAAUGUCUGAAUUAAAUAGUGUGAUAGGGCAACAACAACGUCCUGAUUUACCUCGGUUAUUACAACAGAUGCAUGCUCAACAAAUUCCAGGUGCCCAUGGAGCGCCUCCGAUACCUGUUGGUAUGCCUCAUCCUAGCCUUGGACCAGGAGCACUAGGAGGUCCAUUAGCUCUUGGUAGCACGCCUCCUCAACAUCCGUUGGCAAUACUCAACAAACAGGAACUUCACAGACCCGAAGAAUCCAAAAGCAGCAAUAGUAAUAUAAUGCCAUUGGAUGAUAGACACAGAAGCUCAAUUUCUCCUUCAGAUCGCGAUAAAUAUCGCCCAAGAACACCAGAAUCUACACAUGAAUUGAAGAAGGUUAAGAAAGAAGAAAAAGACUUGGGACAUUCUGAUGGAGAAAAGUCGGAUCAGGAUUUAGUGGUGGAUGAUGCAUCUGAGACCAAUCCAAUGAGUCCAAUACCCAAUCAACAUCAUAAUGGAACAGCAUCGCCCCGUGAAAAUGGUAUGAUGCAAAAGAAGCUUGACGUACAAGACAGAGAUCGAAUUGGGACACACUCACCGCGAUCAGGUACAUCUUCGAAUGCAUCAACGCCUUCUAACAAAAAAUUAGAUGACAAACCAACCACACCUAUUGCAAAACCAGCUACCCCUACCAACUCGGUAGCAAGCAACGGUGUUCCAAAGGUUGUAAAUAAACCACCUGUUAUAAAUCCUGGAUAUCCACCAUAUCUUGCCGGCCCGUUAAAUGGUGCCCCACACGAUCUUCAAGCAGCUGCCGCUGCCGCUGCUUAUGGCGGUCCGGGUGUGCACAAUAACCUUCCACAUUCACUAAACAACUACGCCCGCGCUCCGUUGGCGUUUGAUCCUCAUUCUCAGAUGCGUGCUCCUCUGGGUCCGAUUGGAAUUCCGGGUGGAAAACCUGCAUAUUCUUUUCAUGUGAACGCUGAAGGGCAAAUGCAACCGGUGCCAUUUCCUCAAGAUGCCUUAGUAGGACCAGGCAUUCCACGUCACGCUAGACAGAUUAGUUCUCUGAACCAUGGUGAAGUUGUAUGUGCAGUAACGAUCUCCAAUCCGACCAAAUACGUUUACACUGGUGGCAAAGGAUGCGUCAAGGCCUGGGAUAUUUCACAACCUGGAAAUAAAAGUCCUGUGUCUCAGUUAGAUUGUUUGCAACGAGACAACUAUAUACGUUCAGUGAAAUUGCUACCAGACGGGAGAACGUUGAUCGUUGGUGGCGAAGCGUCUAACCUAUCGAUUUGGGAUUUGGCAAGUCCUACUCCAAGAAUAAAAGCUGAACUCACAUCCAAUGCCCCCGCAUGUUAUGCACUUGCCAUAUCACCUGAUUCUAAAGUAUGUUUUUCAUGUUGCUCAGAUGGUAAUAUUGCUGUGUGGGAUCUUCAAAAUCAAACUUUAGUUAGACAGUUCCAAGGACACACUGAUGGUGCAUCGUGUAUAGAUAUUAGUGCUGACGGUUCGAAACUUUGGACGGGAGGCUUAGACAAUACCGUGCGAUCAUGGGAUCUGCGAGAGGGAAGACAAUUACAGCAACAUGAUUUUAGUUCGCAGAUCUUCUCUCUUGGUUACUGCCCGACAGGUGAAUGGCUUGCUGUUGGAAUGGAAAAUUCAAAUGUGGAAGUUUUGCAUGCUACAAAACCCGAUAAGUAUCAGCUACAUCUUCAUGAAAGUUGUGUACUGAGUUUGAAGUUUGCUGCUUGUGGCAAGUGGUUCGUUUCAACGGGUAAAGAUAACUUGUUGAAUGCUUGGAGGACGCCAUACGGAGCCUCGAUUUUUCAGUCGAAGGAAUCUUCCUCGGUGCUAAGCUGUGAUAUUUCGGCCGAUGAUAAAUACAUCGUUACAGGUUCGGGAGAUAAAAAAGCUACUGUAUAUGAAGUAAUCUAUUAAAGUUGAUUCAAUGUAGUCUGUAAUGAGUAAACGAGAUUGGAAUCGAGAGGAAUGAAGAAAAACAUAAAAAUUAAAUCAAAUAAAAAAAAAAGAUAAAGAGACAAAACUCAGAGAACGCGUGCCACAUGGCAGCAGGGAUAAUGUUGAAGAGAAGGAAAUUCGGAAUUCCAAAACAGUGCAUUGAUAUAUAUUUCUUCGGUGCGAUGCUCCUACUCCAAAUCCAACUCCAACUGCUGCAUCUGCUGUAUUUUAGGUUCCUCUUCCCGACUGAACUAUGAAUCUCACAUAUUCUGCUAGCUGUAAACAUUUACGAUUACAUUCGUGACCGGUAAAUUCAAUUGAAAAAGCGUUACAUUAAACUUCGUUUGUUAUGAUGAGUAGAUGUACAAAAUAGGAUAACAAUUAAAUAUAAUAUGAUUUUACACAUUGGUAGCAGAAAUCUACGUUAAUUCACCAACCACCCCCACCCCCUCCCGUUCUCUUCGCUUUUUUACAGUUGGCUUUAUUAAUAGAUUUGUUCCAUUUACACUGGUUCAUCCCAGCCGAUUAAAAUGGAGAGGAGCAAGACGAUUUAAAUUGGAUUUCAUCUUCGACAUUCUUUGUAUAAAGAUAAUACGUAAAUAUUAGGUGAACUUUCUGAUAAGUAAAUAUAAAAAAAAUAUUUAAUUGAUCUAUGAGUUAAAGUGUAAAUUGCAUCGAAAAAUAGACGAUUGAGAACUUUAUGAAUGGGAUAGAUUUGUUUGAUUUUUUGUCUGAUUAAACUAGUUUAAUUUUAGGGAAUAUGCAUAGCAGAUGUAAACGUAAUACGAUAGUAGUUUGAGUUGUCUAAAUUUAGUUAGAAGAUAAAAAAAUAAGAAUGGUUAAAGCUUGACAUUAUAUUUGCGACAUUUAAAAUAGCUGUAAACAAUAAUUUUUGGCGGAUUUUUAGGACAUGCAUUUUAUAUAAAUGAAUCGUGAAAACAAAGUUGUGUCAAACUGAUCAUGUUUUAUUUUUAAAGUGCCUAGCACUUAUCUAACCACAUUUAAACAGUGCCCCUAGUUUUAGGAAGUAAAAAUGUUUCGGGAGUUAACUGUUAAAUAAAGGACUAUUUAGUAAUCGAGUGUAAGCGAAUGUAAAAUACAGUUUUUGAUGAUAUCUCGCAAAAAAGUUCUAAAUAUAAAGCAUUUGAUACUAAAUGAUAGGACAUUAUAUGCCCUGUCUAAUUGCAUUUUUGAGACCGCUUAAAACUAAUUUUCACCGUCAAAGGGUUGUGAAAAAUUUUGUUUAGUAAAAUAAACGAUAAUUAUAAUAAACGUUGAUGAUAAACAAUACUACAGUCCGAACUCCCUGCUAUCUAUUGAAUAUGUGCUUUUUAGUUGGCACGUUUUUCCAUACAAAACUAUUCUGAAUUUUUUCGGCAGGCCAUGAGAUUUUUGUAUUUUUUUUUCAUAAACCGGGAUAUCCAUACAAACGCAUGCUUUUUAAUUGAAAUGAAGCUAAAAAGCGCUUAGCUUUGUUGGCAUAACUAACAAGCGUUCAAAUAUUGAAAUUUGACUGUACAUGUAUUUUUAAUGCAUAUAUUUGAGGAAUAAAUUACAGGGUUUUCCGAAUCAA